AGAGUGGGGACAAAGAACUCCGCCUCGUACGUUUAUGACUCCGCUGAACUGGAAGCUGUGGAGGCACAGAAGGUGUGUUGGUCAUCUAAAUACCCAGACACUAAUUUCAUGGACACUGUGAUGGCACCAACAGCCAGGUAGCGCAUUCAUUUAAUAUUCUUAUUCCUUCAGCACUUCCAGUCCACAAAUGCCAGUGGCGACGUCGUCACCAAUCACACAGUCAAAUAGGCAGACUACUAAGGAAAUCACUGAUUCCUAUGACAAAUCGGUGACUGAGUCGCACUCCCUUAGCGAAAGAGUGAAGUCCAUUGAAGGAAAACUUGAUUUCUUGAAUGGAAAAAUGGCUUGCUUUCAAGAAGAAAUGCAGUCACUUAGUAAACUGGUGAGGCAGUUUGUUUCAGCAAAUAAGUCGGGCGACGUCACCACCUUAGGAACCGGGAAGUCGUCAAUUGACAAUAGUCAACUGCAAUUCCCCUUGACGACUGAAGAAGAGUUUAACCAACUUGAAGCUUCAGUGAGAAACCCAAAAUUCAGAGAUUCUUUCAUGACAAAACUGGCUGAGAAUUUAUCGUACAAUCCGCAGUCUUCCUUGAAACGAAUGCUGAAUUACAUAUGGGAGCCUAAGCUGUCAAGUCGCUUCACUGCGUACGGAACAUCGAAGAAGCUAGCUCUCUUAAAAUGUCACUUCUAUAAAGUUAUAACGUGUAAGCGUGCUUUAUUUAAAUAUUUCUUUCAGCCGUCAUUGUCAGCAAGUUCGCUUCUGCUACGAUGCCCGAGGACGAAGUUAUAAAAUCUUUGAGAGAUACUACUAAGGCCUAC